UAAAGAACACAAAAAGAAGACGUUGCUAGUAAGCUAAUUUCCUUUUAGGUCACUCGACAAGCAGGCCUUAAGUGUCUGGGGCACUGAGCCAUGUCUUUCGUGGGUUUCUAUGGAGAGUGGUUUCUUUCAGCAUGCGGUAGCAAAGUCGUAGCGAUUCACACCAAAGAGCACAGAAAGCCAUUUGUGUUUGACUGCAGCUCUGCUGAAAAGAGACCCAAAGGUGUAAAUGUUGUAAAUAGCAGUGAUGGUGAUGCUUCAGAGGACACAGGAAGUGACAAGGUCCUUUCUUUCGCAGUGUCUGCUUCUGGAAAACUAAUGGCAUUAACUGAUGACAACAAGCGGCUGGUUUUAUUUCAGAGCGAGCCUUUGUGGCACUGCAUCAGCAUCAGGUGGGUGACGAGGAGGUGUACAUCAAUGGUGUUCAGCCAGGCUGAGGAUGAGCUGCUGGUUGCUGACAAGUCUGGAGAUGUUUACUCCUUCUCUGUAUUGGAACCACAAAGGGAGGGUGAGCUGAAGAUGGGACACCUCUCAAUGUUGCUAGCUGUGACCAUUUCUAUAGAUGACCAAUACAUCAUUACAGCUGAUCGAGAUGAGAAAAUCAGAGUGAGCCAUCACCGGUCUCCUUACAAUAUCCAGUCUUACUGCUUAGGACAUCAGCAGUUUGUCAGUGCUCUGCAGAUCCCUUCAGGACAUCCACAAUGGUUGCUGUCUGGAUCAGGGGACGGCACAUUGAAGCUCUGGGAAUUUGAGUCUGGCCGUAGACUGCAGAGCUUGGAUCUCCGUCAGCUUGAAGACACUCCGAGUACUGAUCCUGUCAAAGGACUGAACAGAGCUGUGUUCUGUGUCAGGAGCUCCCCAACUGGCCGUGAUGUAGCCGUGCUUUGUGAAGGAGUGAUGAAGGUUUAUAUGUUUACUCUGGAUCAAAACGGCAUUGAGAAGUUGGUGCCGCACAGUAAACUCCAGCUCUCCCACCAUCCUAUGGACACAGACUUUGACAUUGAAGGACGGCUGUGGGUGCUUUCCGACUCCACUGUUGCUCCUCUCCAAGUCUUCAGUCUCACACAAAAUUCCUGGGAGAGUGAAACUGGAAAUGAUAACCUCAGUAGAGUUACUGACAUCCUCAUAACAGAAUGGAGCACAACAGAUAGUUUCCAGAGAAUCACAAACCGCUUUGAGUAUCUCUAUAAAGUGGGUUUUGACAAUGUCAACAACUACUUGCAGAAGAAGCAGCAACGAAUUAUUGAGCAUCAGCUGAAGAGAGCAAUGUCUCAGAAAGCCAAAUGCAACAAGCGUCCAAAGGAGGAGUCAGAUGAGGUUUUGAUUAAACCCUCUGUCUGAAUGUUUGUAAUAGUAGUCUUAGUACAUUCAGUAUGCCAAUUAUGUUUUGUUUACCCUUCUGACUGUGUUAUUUGAAAUUAAGUAAGAUAAUACAUUUCUCUGUUGACUCUAAUCAUUAAUAAAGGUCGUCUUUGUAAUACACUU